AAAGUCACUUAUGUUAGAGCCUUCUCAUGGACUCUUAACAAUAUUUACUUUGCUUUAAGGCUAUAUAGUGUCAUAUAUUCUCAAUUUUUUCUAAGUGGGUUCUUGUUCUAACCCAAAGUUUUUUUGUUUUUGUUUUUAUCUUAUCAUUAAAAUUUAUAUGACACUGUAUGGCCAAAGGUAGGAGACUAACUGCAAGCCGCAGUGAAAGAUUGCUAGGAAGUAGUUAUAGCUAUGGUAGCGGCCAUGGACCGAUGGUGAAUGACGUGUCGGAACUAGGCGAGGAAGAUGUGUGGUCGAUGGUGGAUGACACGGCUGAUCGGAAUGACCGUGGUGUUCAUAAUUCCAACUGGAGUCCACGCACUGAUCUUGAAAAUAGUUUUGACAACAUGUCUAUUAGCAGCGGCCGCCGUAGGAUCCCAAGAGAUGACCGCCACAUGGGUGGGUUAUCAUUGGCCUUUGAAGAUUCUUCUUCUGGCAAAAACAAAAUAGCUUCCUCGAGAAUUGUGCACCAGUUUCGUGGAAAUGACCUGGUGGCAUCGCAAUCUCCCCGCAACAUGGCCACGUCAGCUCCCGUGAACGUGCCCGAUUGGAGCAAGAUUUAUCGAGUCAACUCGGUCGAAUCAUGCAAUGACUCCGAUGAUGGGCUGGAUGACCAGGAGUCCGAGAUGGUUCCCCCGCAUGAGUACUUGGCACGUGAGUAUGCACAGAGUCAAAAGAUGGGUGGCGCCUCCGUGGUUGAGGGUGUGGGCCGGACGCUUAAGGGCCGAGACAUGAGUCGCGUGCGCGACGCGGUGUGGAGCCAAACUGGGUUUUAUGGCUGAUCGUUUUGCAGAUAUAUGGAAAUCAAAGUUCUUGUUACUAUUUUUUUUUUUUUAAGAAAAAAAUUGCUUAUGAUUUUUUCUUGGGCAAUGAUUCAGCCGAGUUGAUUCGGCUUUGAAAUGAGUCAACUCAGUAGCUAGUGAGCUCGAGCAUGAUUCUGAAUGAUGGAUGAUGUAAGACUGUCAUUGCUUCUACUUGUCAUUUGAUUGGAAUUUGUACCCAUUUAUUGCUAAGUGGUAAUUUGGUAAUUUCAGUCAACAA